AUGUCACGUAUUAUAGUCAAAGGUCUACCAAUAUACCUCAGCGACGAUCAGUUGCGUGAGCAUUUCACCAAGAGAUUGGUCACAACUCAUCAAACUUCUCAAAUUAAUGGACUGAUCACUGAUGCAAAAGUGGUUCGUGAUAGAAAUGGACAGAGUAGAAGAUUUGCAUUCUUGGGGUUCAAAGACGAACUAGACGCUAAGGAUGCCGUUCAAUAUUUUGAUGGGUCGUAUAUUAAUACUGCUAAGUUGGAAGUUGCCAUUGCUAAGAGUUUUGCAGAUCCAACUGUUCCACAAGCAAUGAAGGAAAAAAAGAGAGAAGCUUAUAAGAGAAUGAGACAAAGGGAACAAGAAUUAUUGUUAGAAGAAUCUGAAUCAGGUCGUGGUGGUAAGAAAGCUAAGACUGACAAACAUCAACAACAUGCUGAUAUAGACUCCGAGAUUAAGAAGAAUAAACAAUUACAAGAGUUUAUAGAGACAAUGAAACCUAGUAGUCAAGUAACCUCAUGGGAACAAUCAACAACAACAGCAAACAACGAAAAUGAUACUGAGAGACAGAAUGAAAAUGUUGUAGGAAACUCACUUUUAGCUCAAGCUUUGGCUAUAAAGGAUAAUAACGAUGAUGAUAAUGAACAACAGCAACAAAAUAAUAGCGAUGACGAGUAUGGCGCUUUUAACACUGGUAAUGAAGAAGAUGAAGAUAAAGAGGAUGAACCCAUGAUGAGUUUGGAUCAAGUAACGAGCCAAGAGGAAGAAACUGUUGGCGCAGAUGGGGAACUUGCAAGGGACGACGCUGUUUCAGAUUUAGAUUGGUUAAAAAAACGUCGUGUUAGAAUUAGAGAUGGUGAAUCGGAACCAGUAAGACCGAAUCAAAGACAACCCACUACCGAGAAUAAGUCAAUUGAUGAAACUAACGAAGGUGAUUAUAACAAUCAUGAAGAAGAAGUACAAGAAGAAAAGAAAUCUGUAGAAGAAACCGCCAUGGAAAAGAUCAAAGAAUCCGGACGUUUAUUCUUACGUAACAUCCUUUAUUCUGCCACAGAACAAGAAUUUAAAGAAUUGUUUGAACCAUUUGGUGAGUUGAAUGAAGUCCAUGUAGCCUUAGACACUAGAACUGGUCAAUCAAAGGGGUUUGCUUAUAUUCAGUUCAAGGAUUCAGAAGAUGCCAUCCGAGCAUACAUCGAAUUAGACAAACAAAUCUUCCAAGGUCGUCUAUUACAUGUUCUUCCAGCAGAUGAAAAGAAGACCCAUCGUCUUGAUGAGUUUGAUUUAAAAAAUAUGCCAUUGAAGAAACAAAGAGAAUUGAAGAAAAAAGCUCAAGCAUCAAAACAAACAUUCGCUUGGAAUUCAUUAUAUAUGAAUCAAGAUGCUGUAUUAAGUAGUGUCGCCUCUAAGCUUGGUAUGCAAAAAUCAGAAUUAAUUGAUGCUGAAAAUUCAAACUCUGCAGUGAAACAAGCUUUAGCUGAAGCUCAUGUCAUAGGUGAUGUUAGAAAAUAUUUUGAAGGUAAAGGUGUUGAUUUGACUAAAUUUGGGAACUUGAAAUCGCCAGAUCAAAGAGAUGAUUGUGUUAUCCUAGUGAAAAAUUUCCCCUAUGGUACUACAAGAGAAGAUCUUGGAGAAUUAUUUUUACCAUUUGGUAAACUUGAAAGAUUCCUAAUGCCUCCAGCGGGCACUAUAGCCAUAGUACAAUAUAGAGAUCGAACAGCUGCUAGAGCUGCGUUUACAAAAUUAUCUUUUAAAAGAUACAAGGAUGGUAUUAUUUAUUUGGAAAAGGGACCUAAGGAUUGUUUCACUAGAGGUGCUAAUACAGAUGAAGCAUUGGAAGAAGAUAAGGAACUCCAAGAUACAAAUGCAAAGGAAGUUAAGGCUUCUGUUAAUGAUUUGAUGGACACAAACUCUACAAAUAAUACGGCUACUGGCAAUAACAAUACACACGAUGAUGAGGAUGAACAUAUUGCCGACGGUCCAACCGUCUCUAUUUUCAUUAAGAAUUUGAAUUUCACAACAACAACACCAGAAUUAAGUGAUAGAUUUAAACAAUUUAAUGGAUUUGUUGUCGCUCAAGUGAAGACAAAGCCAAAUGCAAAGGAUAAAAACAAACCUUUGUCCAUGGGUUUUGGUUUUGCUGAAUUUAGAACUAAGGAACAAGCAAAUGCCGUUAUUUCAGCCAUGGAUGGUUCUGUAAUUGAUGGACACAAAAUUCAAUUGAAAUUAUCACAUAGACAAGGUAACACCAAUAACAAUACUUCAAAUGGUAAGAAGAAUAAAAGUGGUAAAAUUAUUGUUAAAAAUUUACCAUUCGAAGCCACAAGGAAAGAUGUCUUCGAAUUAUUUAACUCAUUCGGUCAACUUAAAUCUGUCAGAGUACCGAAGAAGUUCGACAAAUCUGCCAGAGGUUUUGCUUUUGUUGAAUUUCUAUUACCAAAGGAAGCUGAGAACGCAAUGGAUCAAUUACAAGGUGUCCAUUUGUUAGGCCGUAGAUUAGUAAUGCAAUAUGCUCAACAAGAUGCUGAAAAUGCUGAGGAAGAAAUUGCCAGAAUGACUAAGAAGGUAAAGAAGCAAGUUACCUCAGCUGAAUUAUCUAACUUGAGAAGUAGUGGUGGUAGAAAAAGACUGGAACUUGAUGACGGCGAAAACGAUGACUUUGCUGGCUUUUAA